CGAGGGAAGAAGGAGGAUAAAGCCAAGGAAGGAGGGAUGGUGGACAAUUCGAGCAGUAGUAAGGCACAAAUGCCCAGCAUGUCUCAGGAGCCCGGUGUGGCCUUUCCUCAGAGCACCUCUACAGGAGGAAUGAAGCUGGAGGCAGUGAUGGAGCAGCUCCAGCGCCAGCAGCAGGCCCGACUGGAAAUGGAGCGCAAAGAGAGGAAGCUACGAGAGGCCCACAUCAUGUAUGCUCAGCAGGUUGCUGCCCAGCAGGCCAUCCUAGCAGCUGCCCGGGCUUCUGGGGCCAGCUUCAUGGGCAAAGGCCUGGCUGGAGGCAUCCCUGGCGGCGGGUUGCCUCCCCGGGUGUCCAAUCAGAGCAGUGUGGACUCAGAAAGAGAGGAUGACGAGGACAGAGGCCGGGAUUCUGGGGACGAUGACGACGACAAUGAGAUGAUGGAGGGGGACGAAGGCAGCGAUGAGGAUGAGGGAAGUGCCAGUGGUCUGGAAUUCCUCCGCAAGCAGACCCUUGCUUUGCAGCAGAAUGCCUCCCGCAUCCCGGCCCGUCCAUUUGGCAGUUACUCUGCGUCGGCCCCCCAGAGGGCUGCAUCCCCACCUAUUAGAGUGAAGCAGGAACCUGAUGAGGGUCUGUCUCCUGCAGGGCCUAACUCUGCUACCUCUCCUAACGGACAGGCCGACUGGGGCUUUGAUGAUCACUUCAGACAGAAUGGCAGUGCAGGAUGGGCAGAUGAGGCUGACAGCAGCAGAGGAAGAGGAGAGGCCUCCAGAGACUUUGCUAAGCUGUAUGAGCUGGACAAUGACCCCAAAAGGAAGGAGUUUUUGGACGAUCUCUUUACAUUCAUGCAGAAAAGAGGAACCCCAGUCAAUCGUAUUCCCAUCAUGGCCAAGCAGGUCCUGGACCUGUACAUGCUGUACAAGCUGGUGACAGAGAAGGGAGGCCUUGUGGAGGUGAUCAACAAGAAGAUCUGGAGAGAAAUCACAAAGGGACUCAACCUGCCUACCUCUAUCACCAGUGCAGCAUUUACUCUGCGUACACAGUACAUGAAAUACCUGUACCCGUAUGAGUGCGAGAGGAAAGGUCUCAGCUCCCCCGGUGAGCUUCAGGCUGCCAUCGACAGCAACCGACGUGAGGGUCGUCGCCCGAGCUACAGCAGCAGCCUCUUCCGCUUCUCGCCCUCUCCCAGCACAGCCCCUCACAUCCUGUCACCUCCCAAGAUGCACCUUUCAGGUCUGAGCGCAGCGACCUCGGCAGCCCUUAAUGGCCUGCAGGCCUCACCAGGACCCUCUAUGAAGAAAGAUGACCUGACCCCAACAAUCAUGGCAGCGAGACCCUCCAUGGCGCUGGCCCUGGGUCAGCAGCAGGUUGCUGGUUUGGCAAGAGCCGCCACGCUGGAGCAGCUAAGAGAAAAGCUGGAGACCGGAGGUGGAGAGGGACCAGAGAGGAAGAUGGCCCGCCUGGCAGAGGAGCAGCAGCGCCUGAUGCAACAGGCUUUCCAACACAACCUGCUGGCCAUGGCUUCCCAAAUGCCCAUGAACCUGCGCCUGGGAGCCCCCACCAUCACCACCAGGGAUGAGAAGCAGCAGGACAUGUCUCUGAGCAUCUCAACCAAUGGAAAUGCCAGCAUCACUGUCUCAGUGGAGGUUAAUGGCACGAUCUACUCAGGAACCCUGUUUGCCCAGAAGUCUGGUGGGGCCCCGGGGCCUGCUGUGUCGGCUGCUGCUGCUGCUUCAGCCUCCCCUGCUGGAACCAGCACCAGCUUUGGCUUCUCUGCACCCCAGGCUCAGACCCUCAGCCCCACGUCCUCCUCCUCCUCUAAGGGUCCUGGCUCGGCUGAGCCGGCCCCCAGUGGGUCACCCUAACUGAGGCUGCCCUUUGUACCUGCUUCCCAGGCCUCAAUUCCUCCAAGAGGCCCAGCAUGAAUAUACAGUACAAUGAGAAACCGAUAAGAAUAAGAAACUGUUGCACAACAAAUACCUCAUCAACCCUGUCAACCUCUUGGCUGUCCAAUCGUGAACACAGAGCCUGAGAAUAUUGUAUGACAACAUGUGUCCAAACGCACUGCUAUGCAUUUAAUCUUAUGCAAACACACACACACACACACUCACACACUCACACACUCACAAUCAGUCAGACACAAUCAUACAUACAGACACAGUCUACACACACAUACACUUGUUCAUCCUAAUGUACAUGCUAAACACAAUCAGCUCAGCCAAAACCCACUGACAGGUGUAGUCACAACUGAACUUGAAAAGUUUUAUUUUAGGACAAUUUGUUUGUUUGU